AUGAAAUAUUCAACUGGUUCUGGGCCAAACUCUGUAGCUGUUGGAGAUUUAAACAACGACACUCGACUGGAUAUCGUCGUCGCUAAUUAUGGUGAAAACACUAUAAGUAUCCUUCUUGGUUACGGUGAUGGCUCUUUUACAAAUCAAGCAAAAUAUUUAACUGGUUCUAAACCAUGGUCUGUAGCCUUUGGUGAUUUUAAUAACGACAUGCGACUGGAUAUCGUCGUCACUAACUUGAAGGACAACACUAUAAGUGUGCUUCUCGGACAUGUAAAUGGCUCUUUUGCAAAUCAAAUGAAAUAUUCAACUGGUUCUGGGCCAAGCUCUAUAGCUGUUGAUGAGUUUAACAACGACACCCGACUCGAUAUCGUCGUUGCUAAUAAUGGGGACAACACUGUAAGUAUCCUUCUUGGAUACGAAGAUGGCAGUUUUGCAAAUCAAAUGAAAUAUUCAACUGGCUCCGGGCCAAACUCUGUAGCUGUUGGUGAUUUUAAUAACGACACCCGACUCGAUAUCGUAAUUGCUAAUAAUAGGGACAGCACUGUAAGUAUCCUUCUUGGAUAUGGUGAUGGCUCUUUUGCAAAUCAAAUAAAACAUUCAACUGGCUCCGGGCCAAACUCUGUAGCUGUUGGUGAUUUUAAUAAUGACACUCGACUGGAUAUCGUUGUCACUAAUUCGAAUCAGGCCCGUGUUAGCGUACAUAUUGGAUAUCCCAGUGAAGGUUUUCUAAUACAAACGAGGCUAAUAAUUGGGAAUGGAUCCCGGCCUACGUCGUUUGUCAUGGGAGAUUUUAACAAUGACGGUCAAAUAGAUAUUGCAAUUGUCAAUUCAGGCACUAACAACGUCGGUAUUUUUCUGAGAUAUGACAAUGGUUCUUUCGCAAAUCAAAUGACAUAUUCAACUGAUUCUUCUCCAUGGUCGGUAGCUGUUGGUGAUUUCAACAACGAUACGAUACUUGAUAUCGUUGU